GACACACAGGGACCUCAGAACAAAGAUAAGGCAUUGCCGACACACCAAAGGACGAGCUCCCAGACAGUCAGACAGGGGACCAGAGGCCAGGCAACCAGGCACACGCAGAGGCAGGAAAAUGAGGUGGCUCCUUUUCUACCAUGCCCUGUGCCUCUCCCUGUUGAAGGCUUCUACCCACGUCGUAGAGCUAAAUGACAUGUUUGGCCAGAUCCAAUCACCUGGCUAUCCAGACUCCUAUCCAAGUGAUUCAGAAGUGACUUGGAAUAUCACUGUCCCAGAGGGGUUUCGAAUCAAGCUUUACUUCAUGCACUUCAACUUGGAAUCUUCCUACCUUUGUGAAUACGACUAUGUGAAGGUAGAGGCUGAAGACCAGGUGCUGGCAACUUUCUGUGGCCGGGAGACCACAGAUACAGAGCAGACCCCCGGCCAGGAAGUGGUCCUCUCCCCUAGCUUCUUCAUGUCCGUCACUUUCCGGUCAGAUUUCUCCAAUGAGGAGCGAUUCACUGGCUUUGACGCCCACUACAUGGCUGUGGAUGUGGACGAAUGCAAAGAGAGGGAGGAUGAGGAGUUGUCCUGUGACCACUACUGCCACAACUACAUUGGUGGCUACUACUGUUCCUGUCGGUUUGGCUACAUCCUCCACACAGACAACAGGACCUGCCGAGUGGAGUGCAGUGAUAACCUCUUCACCCAGAUGACUGGCAUGAUCACCAGCCCUGACUACCCUAACCCUUACCCCAAGAGCUCCGAAUGUCUUUACACCAUCAAUCUAGAGGAGGGUUUCAUAAUCAGCCUACAAUUCGAGGACACUUUUGACAUUGAAGAUCAUCCUGAGGUGCCCUGCCCCUAUGACUACAUCAAGAUUAAAGCUGGUCCAAAUGUUUGGGGGCCCUUCUGUGGAGAGAAAGCUCCAGAACUCAUCAAUACCCAGAGCCACAGAGUUCAGAUCAUGUUCCACAGUGACAACUCUGGGGAGAACCAAGGCUGGAGGCUCUCGUACACAGCUUCAGGAAAUGAGUGCCCAAAGCUAAAGCCUCCUGUCCAUGGGAACAUCGAACCUUUGCAAGCCACAUAUUUCUUCAAAGACCAAGUGGUCAUCACCUGUGAUACAGGCUACAAAGUGCUAAAGGAUUCUAUGGUGCUAGACAUAUUGCAGAUGGAAUGUCUGAAGGAUGGGACCUGGAGUCAUGAGAUGCCCAUCUGCGAAACUAUAGACUGUGGAGUCCCAGCAGGGGUGGAACAUGGGAUGAUCACCUUUUCCACAAGCAACAACCUCACCACAUACAAUUCUGAGAUCAGAUAUUCCUGCCAGCAACCUUUUUACAAGAUACUUCAAAAUACCACAGGUGUAUACACCUGUUCUGCUCUUGGGACCUGGAUGAAUGAAGCACUGGGGACAAUUCUUCCCACCUGCCAACCAGUGUGCGGUCAGCCUUCCCGCUCCCUGCCAAACCUAGUCAAACGGAUAAUUGGAGGCCGGAUUGCAGAGCCUGGGCUCUUCCCAUGGCAGGCCCUGAUAGUGGUGGAGGAUACUUCGAGGAUACCAAGUGACAAAUGGUUUGGGAGUGGGGCCCUGCUCUCAGAGUCCUGGAUCCUCACAGCAGCGCAUGUACUACGCUCUCAGCGCAGAGACAACACCGUCAUACCCGUCUCUAAGGAGCACAUCACAGUCUACCUGGGCUUGUACGAUGUACGGGACAAAUCAGGAGCUGUCAACAGGUCAGCUGCUCGCGUGGUACUCUACCCCGACUUCAACAUCCAGAACUACAACCAUGACAUAGCUCUGGUACAGCUGCAAGAGCCUGUGCCUCUGGGACCCCGUGUCAUGCCUGUCUGCCUUCCAAAAUCUGAACCCGAAGGCCUGAUCCCACACAUGCUGGGCCUGGUGGCCGGCUGGGGCAUCUCCAACCCCAAUGUAACCGUGGAUGAUGUGCUGGCUAGUGGCAUGAGAACAUCUACAGACAUCCUGCAGUACGUCAAGUUACCCGUGGUGCCUCACACCGAGUGCAAAGCUAGCUAUGAAUCCCGCUCUGGCAACUACAGUGUCACAGAGAACAUGUUCUGUGCUGGUUACUAUGAAGGUGGUAAGGACACAUGCCUUGGAGAUAGUGGUGGGGCCUUUGUCAUCCUGGAUGAAGUGAACCAGCACUGGGUGGCCCAAGGCCUGGUGUCCUGGGGAGGGCCCGAAGAAUGUGGCAGCAAGCAGGUGUAUGGAGUAUACACAAAGGUCUCUAACUAUGUGGACUGGCUGUGGGAGGAGAUGAACUCCCCACAAGAUGUGGGAGAGCUCCAGGUAGAGCGGUGAGCUGACUAACUUCCUUGGGGCUUACCUGUGCUGGCCAAUCCCAAGUGACACUGCACCACACACUUCCGGCUACACAUUCCAUGUUACUUACUAGACCAAACAGAUGGAAUAUACUGACUGACCUAGCAGGGCAAUCAUGCUCCCGAGACAGCCCCAGGACCCUGGGAGGCAGCACUGUGGUACAGGGGAAAAUACAAGGCAAGACCUGGACCAAGUCCUUUCCCCUUCCUGAGCCACAUUGUCCCAACAACACAGUGGAGGAGCUGAGCUAGAGGGCCUCUAGCUCUACCCAGCACUCUUCUCCAAGACAAGCUUUACCCUGCUGGCCUUUAUUCACUCCUAACCAUUUUUCAAACCCACUGGGGCCACUAUUGGUGUAAGGGAUCUUAGACCUGAUAGGAAAUGAUUCCUUACAUUGAACUGAAGUCUAUAUCCAUAUAUUUUCCCAGCUUUGCUCUUUGGUCUUACACAAUGUUAAGUCCCUCCUCUUAACCAUUCAGCUUAAAGGAAGGAGAUCAGAGGCCCUCUCUCAUGAUAUAACAGACUGGGCCUCUCCACAAAGCUCCUUGCAGUGCAAGUAUUAUCUUUUACAUUCUCCAUUAAAGGAAUUUCAAAGGAAGCUAGAAAAAGGUUUGUGAUGACUGGGGAAGGAGAACAGCAGUGGGUGGCUCUCCAUGCCCCUUGAAUUCGUAUUGCCCGCUGAAAACACAUCACUAGGGCCCAUAUGACACUCUCAAAUACCAGCUGACCCCACAGUGUAUCAACACCUGCCACUUCAAACACAAAGCAACAUUCAAGCUCCGGGAUGCAUCAUCUAAAAAGACUGCAUGUCCAGCCCCACAUAUGGAGACUUAGCUGUUACUUGGGAAACAGUGGGAUCCACAUUGAAUCCCACCAAGAUGGAAGAAAACUAGAAGAAAGAGUUGACUUUGGAUCUUAGAAGGCAAUCAAAUCCUACCAGGCUACUAUAUAACCCUGGGACCUGAGCUCAGUGGAGAAUACACCCAGCAGGAUGGUGAGAAGGGCCACUUCUCUGCAUAACCAUUUUCUUCUCUGAGCCUCAGUUGCCCCAUAAAAGGAAGUCCUGAAACUCACUUCACCAUCUCUCCAGCUCUUGUUGUCAGCAGCCAGUGAUGGCCAGAAGCUUCUCCCAGGCUCUCAUAGGGAGAUUAUAUUCCCAUCUCCUGGGAAUUUCCAUUAGAUAAAGGCAGCUAGAAGAGCCCCCUGAGAGGGAUUCCAAGAGAACAGUAAGGAAAUGUCCGUUAUUUUUUUUCAAUGGAUUCAUCAAAACACACUCCUGUAUCUAUGAAUUGUACAUGUAGAGGAUGCUAUAUUUUGUAUAUUUAAAUACCACAUGCUUCGCUACUGUGUAGGGGGCCUUUGCAUUUUGUUUCUCCUGGG